CACAGUACGAGUGUGAUACUUCGAUGAUGACGUCUAUGUGUGGUGGUUAGUUUGUUCUCGUUAAUUUUUUUUCUUCUGUUCGUGGAUAUUAUGCUAGUUAUGUUCUGUUGUUGAUCCGAUCGGAAAGUGGAAAAGAGCUCACACAACACUAGACACACAUAAGCUGAAACAGUUUAAUUGUGGAAAAUCGACAGUGAGAAACAGUUUGGAUGCGAACACAUUGAAUCGAAACUCAUUUUGAACAUAAUCAACAAAAUAUUCAAAAAAGAUUCUUGACAAGUGUUUAGUUUUGAUUUGUGCAAAAACUGUUGACUAAAAGUCGUCAAAUACGGAACUAAAAAAGAAAAGAAACGAAAACUGUAUGCACGCAUUGAAGCCUAUUUUGAACGAGAGAGUAUCGUGUUGUGGAAAGAAAGAAGGUCUCGCUUCUACUCUCUCAAGUACUCUACUGCUCAGUCAGAGCAGUGUGUGUGCGCGCGCGAUACCAAGCGAAACAUAAAAAUAGAGGAAGAAUAUAAAGAAAAUAAAAAGGACAAAGCAUAUUUCGGCACCAUAUCAAGUACAUUGUAAAAGUAGGACUAUUCAAUAUAGCUCUAUAGUUAAUUUAAGCUUUUAAAGGCCAUUUGUCAGUGUUCGAUGAAUCCACGAGGCUGCCGGAGUGUUAAUAAUCGAAUUUGGUCGAAAUAUACGGUGUGAAAUCAUUGGCCAGUUGCCUUGUGAGUGUGUGUAUCGUUGUUAUUUUUUUUUCUGUGUACCAAAUUCAAAGAGACAGACAGACACAGUGAGAGCAAUACUCGAGAGACAAACAGAAAGGGAGAAACACUUUGAACAUACACUCUCGGUCGGUACUGGUCGAAGUAUAGAAGACGUUUUUAUUGUUUCCGCGUGUAAGUGUUUGUAUGUGAUAAUAUAAGCCAUUUUUCACAUAUCGCAAAACUGUAACUGUAACGCCGAUUGGCCAUUAAUUUGCCACGCUAAACAAGACAAGCUAUUCCGAUUUAUAUUCGCCCACCGCAACGCAUUGUGAUUCUUUUUUUUGUCGCUGUUGUUUUGUUCAAUAAUUUUAACAAAGAAAACUUCGAUUGGCUUUCGUGUUUUGUGUUGCUUUGAUUAUUUAGUUUUUUUUUGUUUUUUUUCCUUUGUAUUUCUGGCGGAAAGCGUCAGGCGAUAAACUACUUAUGCGAGUAAUUCUUUGACGGUGUCAGCUUCGUUCUUUAGCAGCAGAGAGCUUAGAAAUCUUGCUUCGUUUUGUUUCUGGCGUAUAUUUGGAUUUUCUUCCUUUUUUGGUUUUUUUUUUCUUUCAAUUCUUGUGUGAGUGUGGUUGCUAUUCGCUAUUGUUAUUGCAGACGUGUUACUCGCUCAUCAAUAUAAAAAUCAGCAUAAAAAACCAUAGCUGGGUCAUGGAUCACCUAUCAACGGACGGCGUAUCACCUGAAUGUUGUUGUCGGGAGAGAUAUUAAUUCGAACACCAUUGAGUGUGGCUUUAUUGCCGCCACCCUCUUUGAUCGAAUUGUGCAAAGCAAUGGCAACUCUCGCUACACUCGCCAAUCAGCAGAACAUUGACGAUGAUGACAUAUAUUUAGAGAAUGGUUUAUUGAGUUAUGAAAACCCGAAUUAUCACAUGGAUCCCCAGCGCAUAGAAAGCAAUUCACAUUUAUACGAAGAGAUAUUAUCCGAGCUUCAGCAACAGAAUACAAUUCGUACGACUGGAAAAUCGCAUAUUGUUAGCAAUCGUAAAGACUACGCACGUCUUGAUAUUGGUUCAAUGGGUGUCGAUCUAAAGGAGCAUUUUCACAGCACGCCUGAGAAAGAGAGCAUUCUGGAUGCUCAAUCUCCUUCGGAGCUGAAACGAAAAAGCGAUCAGGUGCCGGAGAAACAGGAUCCAAAAUCCAAUGCCGACAGUAACAUUUUAUCGGAUGAGAAUACACAUGCAAAAAUCAAACACGUUUCGGGUGAUUUGAAUGCGGACGAUUUGUAUGCGCUGCCAAACAAGCGAUCAGCCGCCGCAAAAACGGCAACCAGUGCCAUUGUCACCAAUGAUAAAAAUGAUAGUAAAGUGUAUGAAGUGGCAUCGGAUGAAGAAGACAAAGAUGAAUGCGAUAAUAAACAUGCGAGCGAAACGAUCGAAGACAAAGAUGCAAACAAUGAUUUACCAUUCGGAUGGGAAAAGCAUGAAGACAAUGAUGGCCCGUAUUAUUGGCACAUAAAGUCUGGCACAAUACAACGUGAACCGCCUCUAUUUCCCAAAGAGCCCGUACCACAACAAGCCGGCGACAUAAAAACACCAUCGUCUGGCUUGAAUCAGUCACCGUCGUUGCUGCACAUGCAAGCCACAUCAUCGGUGAUAACCAAAUUUAGCCCAUAUUCACAAUAUCACAACUCUGGCAUGGGAUUUAAUGUACGAACACAGGAAACACAAAGCUUAUCAGUCACUCGAAGUAAUACAAGCUCUGCAUUGGAUUUUGACGAAGAGAGACGCCGUAGAGAAGACUUAGUUUUAAAACGAAGGAGUUAUCCAUUGAAAUCGGACUCAGACCGUCCCAUAAGGUUUGCCGUCAGAUCACUGGGUUGGGUUGAAAUAGCCGAAGAAGAUUUAACACCAGAGCGCUCAUCAAAGGCCGUCAAUAAAUGCAUCGUUGACCUAUCGCUUGGACGUAACGAUUUGCUCGAUGUCGUUGGCAGAUGGGGAGAUGGCAAAGACUUAUUCAUGGAUUUAGAUGAAGGUGCUUUAAAACUAAUAGACCCAGAAAAUUUGACAAUACUAAAUACUCAACCAAUCCACACGAUUCGGGUGUGGGGUGUUGGACGCGAUAAUGGACGGGAUUUCGCAUAUGUGGCUCGGGAUCGUUUAACACGGAUUCAUAUGUGUCAUGUAUUUCGUUGUGAUACGGCUGCCAGAACCAUUGCAAACACAUUACGUGAUAUCUGCAAGCGAAUAAUGAUUGAACGAUCCUUGCAAAUAGACUCGAACAGUGGUAGCAUGCAUGCAAACGAAUCACGCUGCGCUACACGACCAACCGAUUUGCCAACCGAGAAUCGACGAUGGGCUAGACAUGCGCAAUCGUUUCCGACGCCAAUGGAAGAGCCAAAAAAAGUGUUGAAAGCCCAGUAUUUGGGCUCAACGGAAGUAAAUCAACCGACCGGUAUGGAUACGCUGAAUGCAGCCAUCGAUGUCAUGGUGUACGGUGAAUCAAAAAUGGAACAAUGGGAAAAUGUGAAUGUCGCCGUGGCACCGAGCAUGAUUAGCAUAAAUAGCUCAGAGGAUGAUAGAUUAAUAGCUGAAUGUCGAGUACGGUAUUUGAGUUUUCUGGGCAUUGGCAAAAAUGUAAAAAAUUGUGCAUUCAUUAUGCACACGGCACAAGAUAAAUUCGUAUGCCACGUAUUCAUGUGCGAACCAUCGAGCGGAGCUCUGUGCAAAACAAUUGAAGCAGCGUGUAAGUUGCGCUAUCAGAAGUGCUUGGAUGCGCAUCCCGAAAGUCGGCUCUCAAGCGAUUCAACAACACCAAACAAAGGUAUCGGAGCGACAAUUAAAAAUCUCAUGAAUACAUUAUCAUUGAAUAAGAAAGAUCGCACUAAUUCCUGAGAACGAGCCAAAUCUCUGCAGGAGCUGUGGCCGCUGCCAGCAGAGAGAGAAAUCAUACCUCAUCGUCAUCUUCAAUCACCAUUAACAAAUAAGCGAAUAUUUGACUAUCGUAGUCCUUAACUAAAAGUGAUCUACGAACAUAGAGUGCUCACACAUAAAGGACAGCCGAUACAUCACUCAGAGAAUAAAUAAUUGCUUCAACAUACCACAAACGCAUAUAUAUAUAUAUAUAUAUAUAUGUACACACAGUACCACUGACGACAUUCCAGCAGGAAGAUUCAAGCAAAGGGGAGAUUAGAACCAGGAGAGCCGCACUCAAUUUCUGCAAAUAACUAAAAAACCACAUUUACCAAAUAAGUUGAAGACAAAGAAAAAGAAUAAUAAGAAGAAAAGAUAUCAAUACGUUAUGACAGACGAAGAAAGAAAGAAAAACAAAUCCUAACCUAUUUAAAUGUGCUUAGUGCUAUUUGAAAUGUGUUCUUUUUUUCAUUAGGUGUACAUACAAAAACAAAAUCUAUAGCGAAAAAUUUAGCAGAUUUUAUUUUAAUACAUGUUUGAAUCGAAUUCGAUUUGCGCUCAUCAAUGAGAAUUACAAACACAGUGAAAACCAAAGAAGACGAACAAGAGACAAGACAAACAACAACAAAAAAAACGAAUACCAAUGAAUAUGUCAUAAGUCAACAACAAAUAUACAAAUUGAUAUUCAAACAAAUUGAAAAUAAAACAAAAAUAAUGUUGCUAUCGACGCUUUUGCAAAUGUAGGCUUAAUUAGUGCAUCGUUGUUUUGUUCAUUAACCAGAAAAAGAAGAUGAGGAAACUACACACAUACAUACACACACAAACACACUCUUGAAUAUAAUCGUAUUCAGUAAGAGGUAAUAAUCAUUAUGAAAAUGUUUCUAAACAAAUGCAAAAACAAUGUAUUCACAUUCACUCAACCGCGAA